UGUACGAAGAUGGCGGCCGAACUGGUGGAAGCGAUGAACAUGGUCAAAAGUUUCCGGGUCUCAGACCUACAGACGCUGCUGGCCUCGAUGGGUCGCAGCAAAAGUGGUCUGAAGCAGGACCUGGUCGGCCGUGCGCUGAGGCUGGUGCAGACAGAGUACAGCCCUGAACUGCUGAAGAACGUCAGGCAGCUCUACGAGUCGCGAUUCCCCAAAACAUCUGGAUGGCUGGCAGCGCGGCGCCCUGAGGGUGUUCCAGUUUCAUACUCGUCCCUCAGCCCCUCCCCCUCCGCCACCUCUCAGGGCGCAGACUACCUCAACGGCAUCUCCAAACCGCCUCCUACACCUGCUGCAGAGGUGAAGCUGGUCCCACUGCCCUUCUACCAAACUCUAGAGACACUGCUGCCACCAACAGAACUAAUUGCACAGAACAGUGAGAAACUGCAGGACAGUCAGUGCAUCUUUGAAUUAACACCGGCUCAAGCAGAUCAGAUCAGAAAUGCAAGUGAGAUUCGUCCAGGAAUCCGUUCAAUCCAAGUGGUUCUUAGAAUCUGUUACACGGAUUCCAUUGGCGUUCAGGAGGACCAGUAUCCUCCAAAUAUUGCUGUCAAAGUCAACCAGUCCUACUGUCAUGUGCCGGGAUAUUACCCCUCAAAUAAACCUGGAGUUGAACCUCGUCGUCCUUGUCGCCCUGUAAACAUCACUCCAUGGUUGCAUCUGACCAACAUCACCAACAGAGUCACCAUAACCUGGGGAAACUUUGGCAAGCGUUACUCUGUGGCUGUGUAUUUAGUGAGGGUCUUCACUGCAUCAGACCUCUUCAACCAGCUUAAGCUCUGCUCUGUUGAGAGUGCAGAACGUUGUUGUGAACGCAUCCAAGACAAACUUCGUUUUGAUCCAGAGAGUGAAAUUGCAACCACAGGCCUCAGAGUUUCUUUAAUCUGUCCACUGGUAAAGAUGCGUCUUGGUGUACCAUGCCGAGUUUUAACCUGCGCCCAUCUUCAAUGUUUCGACGCAGUCUUCUUCCUGCAAAUGAACGAGAAGAAGCCCACGUGGACUUGCCCUGUCUGUGACAAGCCAGCUCCAUUUGAGCUUCUCACAAUUGAUGGGCUGUGUUCUGAGAUUCUGAAAGAGACGAGUGAAGAAAUUGAGGAGAUCGAGUACUUAACAGACGGGUCUUGGCGACCCAUCAGAGAUGAGAAGGAGAAGGACCGAGAACGAGAACGCAGCAACACACCAGAGUACCCUGAUGUCGAUAUAUGCAUUCCUGAAGCAAACGGGCAUUCACCGGCUCACAGCAGCACCAGCCUGACGGGCAAAUCUGGAAGCAGUUCUGUGGGCACAGCUGGAGUCACGGGAGGACCUGCAGGCGCCCCAGGAGGAGGUGUAGUAGUAGAUCUGACUCUGGACUCCUCCUCUGAGGAGGAAGGGGGUGGGGCUGGAGGAGACAGCGAGGACACUGAGGACAGUGCUGACAGUCCUGCCCCCAAGAGGGGCCGAUACAACUACGACAAAGACCUGGUCACUGCAUACUGACCCUGCUCCUGUGUCCCCUCAUAGACUGGCAAAGACACAGAGGGAUAGGGGGCUUAAAACAUGAGGACAGGAGCACGAAAAUCCACUAGAUGCAACAACCCUCCCUUAUGCCCAAACAUCAAAUCUGGUUUAAAUCCAGAAACAUUUCCUGUCAGUAAAUCUGCGGUCAAGAAAGAUGAGGAUUCCUCUUUGUGCUGUACAUCGCUGGAAGCAGCCCUGUUGGCCAAUUAUCAACUAGCAGUACACAUGUGUCCUGUCCCGCCACUGUUAAAGGCUGAAUUGAGCACCCCACUACCGUCACCACCAUCAACCACCUUGUUCCUCUCUUUCCAGACUAUUCCCUCUCACCAUCUCUCUUUGUAUAGACUUGGAAUUGUAGGCUCUUUUAGCCUCGGGCGUUUAAUGUUUGCAUCUGAUUUUGCCACAUUGGUGAUGAACAGGCAAGUUAAAAAUGGAAGCUCCUCAGUUUUUGGUUGAAGGUGAAAAACAAUAAAUGAGAAGACAGAAAUAAUUUGGGGGAGAACAAUGCAGAGAGUGUGGAAGUUUCCGCUUCUCCUGUUUUGUUCUUUGUUCACUAUUUUUUGUAUUUUGUUCUUUCUUCCGCCAAGAAAUUAUUCUCUUAAUUUUGAAAAGGCAAAACACAAUAGUCAGUGUGUGAUGAUUUCCUACUUUUAUUUUGUCCCUGGAUAACUAUAACCUACCUCAGCCAUAAAAACUUAGACUGACCAGGGAGUAGGAAAGUGGAGGACAGAAGAAUUAACAAGUCUUUCUGAGGCCACUAUUACACUGGAAAUUGUUUUCCUGCAUUUUUUUUCCUGUUGGGUGAAGAUGUUAGUUUGUGGAUCACCAGAUUUACUGUAGUUUAUAAAUGAUGCAAAAUGAAGCAGAGGAAAUGUGCCACGCUGUAAAUCAUUACUCCACCUAUCAAACAUUUGUCAGGCAUGAUAAUUUAGAAUUUUACAUUAACAUAACUUAUGAAAUUUACUAUGCGGCUCCUGAGCUGAAGCAGUUGUGUUUUUUGAAAAUUCUGUAACGGGUAGUGGUUGAGGUGCCUUUUUUUUUUCUUUUCUUUUUUUCCUUCUCCCCCAAAGGCCAGUUGAGCUGGUCAGAAGGUGAACGUGCAGUCUGAGAAGGUGUCCGGCAUUGUGUCCUGCUUGAAAAGAACUAUAUUUAUUUGAUUGCUUAACAUCUUCCUAACGAUUGUUUGUGCUAAUUGAUUAACAUUUGGCUGCAGCUCUGUAGCUGCUGGUUGCAGAAAUCAGGGCACCUUUGCUGCUGGGAUUUGUGGUGAUGGCAUGUCAUUGAUCGAGGCUCACGACUCUCCUGUCAGUGAAUGCUGCUUCUCUUUUCCACUGAAUCCGAGCUGGGUCAGAGCACCAUCCAGGGUACGUUGCUGCGGUAGGUUCAACACAUCUGACACAAUGAAACAUAAUAAAGUGUCAGUUAAGUGAAACCCUGAUAAAUUUAAAAUCCUUGAUUAGAUUGCAAAUGGUCUGAUUUAGAACAAGCAGGGCUGAUUUGUCCGGCAUCCCACCCCACUGAGCCUUCUUUCUAUGUAGAUAAGGUCAUAUCUAUUUAGUGGAAUAGAUCCUGACUUUAAAUGCAACGUGCUGUACGUAGUCUAGCAACUAAUUCCUCUGCACCUGCAUUAUUUUAAGGAUGGGAGAGCUGCUUCUCAAAUGAACAUACUUGGGCUACAUGUGCAGACUUGAGAUUUGCUUAUAAAAUAAAACAUGUUGCCAGAGCUGUUUGCACAUCCAUCCACAACUUUAAAACCGCUCAUUUAAAGACCCACAUGUAGUAUUAUUCAAGAAUUAGACAGCCUGAAAAGAGGAGAUUGAUUGUCCUGCUCCACCGUGAAACAGCUUGUGGAUAGUUAUUCAAAGGAAUUCUGCAUGAUGUUCUUCCUACCAUCAUCUCUCAUGUAGUUUGAGAACAGAUUCUGGUUUUCAUUAGCCUAACUUAAAUGCACAUAGAAAAUAAAUAUUAACACUGAUCUGGGAACUCACUGUUGCAACUGAAAGAGUUGGGGACUGGAAAGAGUAGACUUAGGGAAAUCUCGUCUUCAAUUUUGCUACUUUUUGACAGCUUAAAAAUCCACACAAAACUGAAAGCACUUGAUGACCUAUCCCUGAAAAUGAGGGUUUGAAUAAAGUGCAUUGACACAAUAAAUCUAAAGAAAAACCAUUUGUUAUAAUAUACAAGGUCAUUGUUUGAUUGGAUUUCAGAAACUUCCCAUUGCCUCAUGGUUUAAGAUGAGGUGAUGCAGGUUGCUGCUGUGGAAACUAAGCCAGAUACAUUUAGAGGUAGCUGUGGGAGCUAAAGAGAGCUGAGGGACUAGUCUGUUUUUUUUUUUCUUCUUCUUUUACUUUUAUGGCUUCUCUUCUUAUAAUAAUGCAUAAGGUAGCAUGGACAGAGGCUUACAAUCCAUGAUGUACAUGUUUUGUUUCUUUUUUAUGUUUGUUGUUCAUAAAGACAAUAAAGUUUAAAUAAUAUUUUA